CGGGUCGCGCUUCCGCCGGCGCUGCGAGGAGGUAUCUGCAGUGGGUCCCUUGGCCAUGGAGCCGUGGACGCGCUCACCUCUCUGGUUGGGGCUGCUCUUGCUGCUCCUGCCUACCCCGCAAGGCCGCCAGAAGGAAGCAGGUGGGCUCUGGGCAGGGCCGAGCUUGCCGUUCUGGCUGGGGGUCUGGCCGGGGACCGGAGGAUCUCUCCCCCCUUCCUCGCUUCCUCGUGCGGCCCGCGUUCUGGCGGAUGCUGUGGCCGCCACGGCGGCUGCGCAGAGCUGGGCGGAGGGCACCGACGCUAAUUAGAGCAGAUAGAGAAGGUGUCUGGCGUUGCGUCUCCCGUCCAGGACCCUGGUGAAUAAUACAGUCUCCAGAAUUCGAAAUGGUGGUGCAAAAUGGCAAGUAUUUAUUGACCAAAUUAAUAGGUCUUUGGAGAAUUAUGAACCCUGUUCAAGUCACGACUGCAGCUGCUACCAUGGAGUCAUAGAACAGGAUCUUACUCCUUUCCGAGGAGGCAUCUCCAAGAACAUGAUGGCGGAGGUGGUCAGACGGAAGCUAGGGACUCACUAUCAGAUCAUUGAGAACAGAUUAUACCGGGAAAAUGACUGCAUGUUCCCUUCAAGGUGUAAUGGUGUUGAACACUUUAUUUUGGAAAUUAUUGGGCACCUCCCUGACAUGGAGAUGGUGAUCAAUGUACGAGAUUAUCCUCAGGUUCCUAAAUGGAUGGAGCCUGCCAUUCCAGUCUUCUCCUUCAGUAAGACUUCAGAGUAUCAUGAUAUCAUGUAUCCUGCUUGGACAUUUUGGGAAGGGGGACCUGCUGUUUGGCCCAUUUAUCCUACAGGUCUUGGACGGUGGGACCUCUUCAGAGAAGAUCUGGCAAGGUCAGCAGCACAGUGGCCAUGGAAAAAGAAAAAUUCUACAGCAUAUUUCCGAGGAUCAAGGACAAGUCCAGAACGAGAUCCUCUCAUUCUUCUAUCUCGGAAAAAUCCAAAACUUGUUGAUGCAGAAUACACCAAAAACCAGGCCUGGAAAUCUAUGAAAGAUACCUUGGGAAAGCCAGCUGCUAAGGAUGUCCAUCUAGUGGAUCACUGCAAAUACAAGUACCUGUUUAAUUUUCGGGGUGUAGCUGCAAGUUUCCGGUUCAAACACCUCUUCCUGUGUGGUUCACUUGUUUUCCAUGUUGGUGAAGAGUGGCUAGAAUUCUUCUAUCCACAACUGAAGCCAUGGGUCCACUAUAUCCCAGUCAAAACAGAUCUCUCCAACGUCCAGGAGCUAUUGCAGUUUGUAAAAGCAAAUGAUGAUAUCGCCCAAGAAAUUGCUGACAGGGGAAACCAGUUUAUUAUGAACCACUUGCAGAUGGAUGACAUCACCUGUUACUGGGAGAACCUGUUGACUGAAUACUCUAAAUUCCUGUCCUAUAAUGUAACAGAAAGGAAAGGCUAUCAUCAGAUUAUCCCCCAAAUCUUGAAAACAGAACUCUAGCAGACAUUAUGGGACUACAUUCCUCUCUAUGGUAGCAGCAUCUCAGAUGUCUCUGGUGAGAAGCUUAUCAUGGGUGAGGCACCUAUACCUUGAAUACCUUGUAUCAAGCCAAAUAUCUGGUUUUCCUUAUCGUGCUGCACCCAGAGCAACUCUUGAGAAAAAUCCAAAAUGUGUACAAUACAGAUAUGAAGCACCUCUACUCUGGCCGAAUAAGAACCAGAAGUCGUGUUGGUUUUGAACCUGCUUCUUUCAUUUUCUUAGGACCAAUCACAGCUUGUGCCUCAGAUCAUCCACCUGUGUAUGUUCAUCACUGUGAAACUGACUGUGUCCAUGUGAUGAUGCCCUUUGUCCCAUUAUUUGGAGCAGAAAAUUCAUCAUUUGGAACUAGCAGAACUUCUCUCUGCAAUUCUGCAUUUAAUUCUCGGCUUGAUCUCUGUUGUUACAUUUUAAUGUAGGAAGCCCUAUAGGGUUUGUGAAAAAUACUAAGGAAUCACUUCCUGAAAGAUCUGUGGAAGGGGUAGCUGUGUCAUGCAAUGAUGUAGGAGUUCUCUUUUGUAAAAGCAUAAACGCGUACUCAGGAGGUUUUUAUAAUGCCACAUUUUAGAAAGGGACCAAUUGCAUGAUUAAUUAUUGCAAUUGGAUUUCACAUUCCCUUUUGUGCCUUCACACCCUUCUUAUUUUCUAAUGGGAAGAAAAAAAACAAAAACACCUAUUAAUAAAUUCAGGAAGAAGUCCUUACUCUUUGAACUAACUGUGCAUAAAAUAGCAACUCUUCAUCACCCUUUGCCCACUCCUUCCCCAAACCCCCAUAAGUUUUCCUUCUUAAACUGGUAGCCCUACGCAGAAGUUGUCCAUGCACUCAGUGUCUUGUGGGGACCUCAGGGAGUCCUCAAGAUGCAAAUAUGGCAUUAAGUUAGGGUGUUCAGAGCAUUCAACUUCAGCCUUUACUUAUAUUCAAGAUACUUCUUUUAAUGCUGAUCCAUCUUGAAAUGUCUCCUUUUUCAUUAAAAUAAGAAAAGAUAUUUGGAUAGUAGUUUAAUCUUAGGAUGCUCUCCAUAACAUUGUCAAAAAUGAAGAAAAGCUUUUAGAGUAAAACUACGUAGUUUAAUGACCUAGAACUGUCCUUGUCCCUUAGGCUCAAAUUUUCCAUAGAGUUUCCUUUGCCUCUUAAGAACUACUUAGCAUUAACUGGUUUCAAAAUUAGUAAAUGUAAGGUUCAGUCACAGAAAAUCAAGGAUUUUCUCAUUUUGGUUCUUUUUGGAACUUCUUAGAGGAAUUGGAUAUCUUGGUAAGAUCAUUGCCUGGAAUAAGGCAGAUGCUUAAAGUUGGAUUUUUUUUUCCUGAGUAUUAAAAACUCAAAGGGAUUGUGUCCUUAGGUGCUAUUAAGUCUAGAGAUAGGCAGUCUAGAUUUCUGAGUUGCACUGAGGUUGUGCCUUGUCACUAUGAGGCCCUUGUAGUGUUACCAUUGUCUCUAUGUUUCAAUUUUCCUCUCACUAAAAUUAGAACAAAAUCAGCUGUCCUUUGGAUUAGGAGCUGUGAUGGUUAAGCUCAUCUGCCAAUUUGACCAGGUUAUGGUGUCCAGUUGUUUGGUCAACCAAGCACUGGCCUGAUUGUUACUGUGAGGAUAUUUCCUGGACUUAAAUCAUGAGUAAGAUGAUUGCAUCCAUGGCUGAUUACAUCUACAAUCAACUGAGGAGAUUGCUUUCAACAAUGAGAGAAGUCUCAUCCAGUCAGUUGAAGGCUUUAAAAGGAAAAGUGAUGAUUUCAGCAAUCAGAAGAAAGAAUUUCCAUGUCUAUUUCAGCCAGCCAGCUUCUCCUGGGGAAUUCAUCGAAAACCUUCAUUGGAGUUCACAGCUUGUGGCUUGCCCUAUGAAAUACGGACUUGCCCAUCCCCACAGUUGUGUUAGACAAUUCUUAUAAAAAUCUCGUAAUAACA